AUGAUGAAGUUGUCCUAUCAAGGAGUUUCUAUGGUCUUGCCAAUAACAAGCUUCUCUUGCUUUGCUUAUUCCUUAAUAUGCAAAUGGCAUUUAUGCUUGUACCUCACUGCCUGUGUUUUAGGUGGAGAAUCAAAAGUGUUGCUAACGUAUAAGCGAAAACGGCUAUCAAGAACAGAUCCUGUACAGGGACAUGAGUGCCGUAAUUCACUUUUUGUUGCUGCCGAUGAUACUUCUUUACGCAAACCAGACUUGCAAGUUCAUUUGAUUGAUAAGCGUUCAUCAGAACAUUACAACAUAAAUUCUGCGGUAUGCCAUGUAUGUUUUGUCUGCUGUGUUGGGGGUAACCUGAAGCACCGUGGAAAAUGCCUUCAUCUUGAUGAGGUUCCUUCCCAAAGGGAUGCAUAUGGGAAUAAGUCUAGUGGCAAGAAAGUAGGCUCAUCUUCAAAUGCUAAUGCUGGAGCAUUGGUUGAUGAUAAAAAGAUACACAAUAUGGUCUAUGUCGAUGAUAUCCUAGUUACUGGGAAUUGCAACACUGCCUGCAGAUCUCUUAUUUCUCUUCUUAGUGCCAAGUUUCCUGUUAAAGAUCUUGUACUUUACAUUACUUUCUUGGAUUUUAUUGGCGCCAGCCCCUGUUCUACUCCUCUUGGCUCUUACAAGUUGGAUAACUCUGGUGACAUUCUUGCUGAUGCUACCUUUUAUCGCUCUACUGUUGGAGCCCUUCAGUAUCUCACUUGGACAAGGCCAGACCUCUCCUAUGCAGGCACUCUUGAUAUGGGUGUUUGGUUUACCAAGGGUUCUCUUAGUUUACGUGCUUUCACAAAUUCAGUUUGUUUCCUCUGCAAAUCAGCUUGCAGACAUUUCACGAAACCUUUAUCUACUGCCAGACAUGUCUUUCUUCGUGACAAGCUUACAGUGUGCUCUCCCCCUUUCAGCUUGAGGGAGGCUAAAGGCAGUAACUAG